AUGCCUCCUCGAUUAAGCUGGCGGCUGCCAAUGCAGCUGCCAUCACUAUUCCAAACCACGUCUCCGCCGUCAUUUCUCCUCCCAGUCCUACAACACCAGACCAGACAAGCCUCUAUCCUUGCCCAGCUGUCCGAUAAUGCGACAGCGUACAACAAACGGAUAAGACGUGGUCGGGGUCCUGCGUCAGGAAAGGGGAAGACGUCUGGACGUGGCCACAAGGGUCAGAAGCAGCAUGGAAGCGUCCCCGCGGGCUUCAACGGUGGGCAGACGAAGGAUGAGAUUGUGCAUGCUUCUCCCUCGACAUUGCCAAAGUCAACCUCGACCGUAUCCAAGAAUGGAUCGACCAAGGCCGCCUCGAUCCCUCCCGCCCCAUCACAGUCCGCGAACUGGCAAAGUCCCGCUGCAUCCACGGCGUCAAGGACGGCGUCAAACUGCUCGCCCGCGGCGGCAAAAGAAGCCCUCAAACAACCUGUCCAGAUCGUCGUCUCCCGGGCCUCCGCCACGGCUAUCGAAGCCGUCGAAGCCGCCGGCGGCUCCAUCACCACCCGCUACUACACGCGCCACGCAAUCAAGCGGAUCCUAUCCGGCAAGACGGACCCGUUCGUCUCGCUUGCGUGGCUCAACGCGGGCGAGAAUCUGACCAUCGGAAUGGGCAUUGAUAAGCCCCGUGUCAAGGGUGAUGGGUUCUCGUAUCGGUUGCCGGACCCGACGAGCCGGAAGGAUAUCGAGUAUUAUCGUGAUUCGGCCCAUCGGGGGUAUUUGAGUUAUCUUGUGGAGAAAGGGGAGACACCUAGCUUGUUCUUCACUGCACCCGGUAAGGCGCAUAAGAAGAGUAAGGAGGGUAUGCCUUCUAGCGACAAUAGGUUGUGGUAG